UCUCCGCCUUCAUACUGUGAAGUUCCCAGGGUUCACAUGACGUCACGGUCCACACUGCGCGUGGUCCGGGCUGCCGACGUGGCGCGCGAGCUUUCUGGCUGGGCGGAAACGGGCUGCGCGCGCUGUCAGAGGCACCGGGCACCAUGUCACAAGAAGAUGCAGUGGGUGACCUCUCUGUACCCCCUGACCCCUCCGUUUUUAAAACACCUUCAGACAAACAUGCUCCUGUAGCUGCUGACAAAACAGACCAGCCUUCUUCCAGUCCUUCACUCUCCCUGGACACAUCAGAGCAUGAAGGUGCAGAAGAAGGUGCUCCCCUCGGCCAGGUCAGAGAACCACCGCAGGACCAAUCAGAGGAGCACAGCUGCGAUCAGGUGACCGAAUGCAGCGAAACUGUGAGCUUGGAGCCGGAAGUGGCGGAAGGGGAAGUGGAGCCUUCAGAUCAUCCCACAUCUAAAAGUUGGGGUGGUUGGGGAUCCUGGGGGAAGUCUUUAUUGACCAGUGCCACCUCAACAGUAGGUCAGGGGUUAAGCUCAGUUCGGGAGAAGGCGGGCGUGGCCUUGCGUAUGCGCAGCACAUCAUCAUGCGAGGAAGCCGUGGAGGUUGAAGAACAUCCCGAGGAGGAGGAGGAGGACGACUCUGUGGUUCAGCCCAUCAGCCCAACCAACAAAGGAGUGUUUUCCUCCAUUACCAGCGCUGUGCAGAACACAGGGAAAUCUGUGCUGACCGGAGGACUGGAUGCGCUGGAGUUCAUCGGCAGGAAGACGAUGACGGUGUUAGCGGAGAGUGACCCGGGCUUUAAGAAGACCAAAAUCCUGAUGCAGAGGACCGUCUCGCUCUCGCAGAUGCUAAAGGAAGCUAAAGAGAAGGCACGCGAGAGACUGAGCGACCAGAUGGUGUGUGAACCCACGGCUCAUUACGGCAUCCUGUUUGAUGACUAUCAGGGUCUGUCUCACCUGGAAGCUCUUGAGAUCCUGAGCAACGAGAGCGAGGGGAGGGUUCAGGAAGCUCUUUCCUCCCUCGAGGGCGAGCGGCUGGAGCUUCUGAAGAAGGAGCUGAUCGAGAUUAAGGAGAUCUUCGAGGCAAGAGAGGAAGAGGAGGAGGAAGAGGAGCAGAAGGAGAUGGAGGAAAGGGGUUCCGGGGGAAACGGUGAACUUUAUUCCCAAAUUUUCAGCUCUUUCAGUCCGCUCUCCGCAAACGGGGAGGAGUUUGUCAGUGUUCUCACAGAGCUGCUCUUUGAACUGCAUGUUGCUGCGACACCAGACAAACUGAACAAGGCCCGGAUGAAGGCGUAUGAUUGGAUAAGAGAGACUGAGAGGCCCGUUACCUCGCAGGAGUCAGAUGAGGUGAGGGAAGAGAAGUCGGAGUCGCCUCCUACAGGACAGGAGGAUGGAGACAGAAUGGAAGACAAGGGGACGGAGGAGAAGGACAAACACACCGAGCAAAGCAAGAUGGACAAGGUGGAGAGUGUGUAUCAGUGGUCUAUAGGCAGUCUUGCGGAGGUGACCGCUCGGAGUAUAGAGCAGCUCCAUAAAGUAGCUGAACUCAUCCUGCAUGGACAAGACGUGGAGAAACCAGCGAGCCAGCAGGCCAAGAUACUUUCCAGACUGACCUGUGCUAUGUGUAAGGAGGUUGGAUGUCUGGCUCACAAAUUUACAGAUACACUCGUGGCUGUAGGGAGUCGGAGGAAAGCAGAAGAGCUGAAUCCUCUGGUGAACAGCGUGACGCUCGAGGGCUCGAACAGCACAACCUACAUCCACAACGCCUUCCAGCUUCUGCUGCCGGUUCUGCAGAUCUCCCACAUCCAGACCAGCAGAGCCCUGACUAUAACCGACCCGGAACCAGAACCAGAACCAGAUCCAGAACCAGCUCCUACAGACUGACCUGCUCACCCUGUGUGCGUGUGUGUGUGUGUGCGUGUGUGUGUGCGUGUUUUCUUUUGCGACUGUCUAUGCCAAAAAAAAAGUGCAAUGUUCUGCAAGCCUGUGUAUGUAUAUCAGAAAAGGACGCUUAGGAUCAGAUCAAUCAGACAAAAAGAAAAUUCUAGAUGGUCAGUUUUGUCCACAGCAGUAGAAGGAUCUUACAGUAAAAGGAGUUACAGACCAGUGCAGGCCAAAGUGACCGUGUCAUGUUGUGUCCAUGUGCGUUUCUUUUUCCGGGAUGUUUUUAGUAUGAUGAGAGGGUCACAUGGUAGAUGGUGGGUGAGGGAGGGGGUUCGAUAGUGGGUAGGGGAGGUUGUAGAUGGUGGGUGGGGAAGGGGGGAGAUUGUCGUUGAGGGAGGGGGUAGAUGGUAGGGAUUAGUGGCUCAAGGGGUGAUGGUUCGAUUCCUGUCUCUGCCUCCCUGUGUGUGUGUGUGUGUGUGUGUGUGGGCUGGUCUCCAAAGUUUCCUCCCUCAGUCCAAAGACAUGUGUUGUACAUCUAUUAGCAUCUCUAAAUGAUCCAUUGCAUGUGUGUGUGUGUGUGUGUGUGUGUGUGUACCUGCUCCAUCUCCCCUGGCAUAGACUCCUGCUGCAAAUCACAGGCUUAUAUUACUUAAUGUUGUUGUUGCCAUAGUAACAGCUCACACACGGGGAACGCUCCUCAGAACCGACGACUAUUAACAAACGUCUCAUUCGAUAAAGUACAAUGAAUACGGUGGAUCCUUAACAAACGUUAUUUCUGGAAGGAGUCUCCAGCGUCGUAUCAGUCGGAGGUAACGGCGGGGCUUUAAGGUUUCUUCUACAGCGAGGAGUUCAAGAGGAAGACAGCAAAAAUAAUCAGCUUCAAGGUGGAACACACCACCAUUUUUAUGGUUUACAUUUAGGCCCAUCUGGAAGACGUGUUUAUUAGACGGCGGAGUCUAAAGACGAGCCGCGACGAAGAAAUAAAGGACGUGACUGAAUUUAUAGAAUUAGCAAAGAUCUGCACGAUCUCUCCAUGGUUCAGACUGGCGUUGGUAAUCGUCACAGCGUUUUCAAACACACGUUUAUGUUUGAAAACUAACCAGCAAAGCAGUGUUGUAGAUAUUGUUGACUGAUACAAUUCCAUGGUGAUAUUUAAUCCCGGUCUGCCGCGUCGAUCUGUGAGCAAAUUAAAGGCGGAGCUUCGUACCUCAGUCAUUGAGUCAUUUUUCGAGAACAUCUUAUUUACUGAUUAUUCCGAAUAAUUCUCUAAAGUGCAUUGAAGUUCAUGUUUUCAUUUGUUAAGUUUUGUAAAAAUAUAUAUAUAUAUACUAUUUAGACAAUGUGCACUAUUGUAUAAGAAACCAGGAUGAAAUUCUAUAUUAAAUUCUACACAAAAUUGUACUGAGAAUGGUUCACACUGGCAACAUUAAUACAAACAAAAUG